GAAUUCGCAAUCAGUUGCAAAGUGGAACCCGAUUCGCCCAGAUGGCCGCCACAGUCAGUCACAGUCCCCGUUCUAGUGCCAGCCAUGGUUACGGCCAGGAGCCGCUCUUCGUUAGCCGGGCCACCAUUCAGCUGCAGUUGAGGUCGCCAGCUACCCUCGGGCCUGCUGCCCCGCCGCGCAUCUACGAGUGGCAUACACAGGUCGCGACGCCACCCACGCCUACGGCCAGCCCCAGCCCCACCCCAGAGGCGACGGAAACGGCAGCGAAAUGCAUUAAGCAGGCGGGGAGUGCGGCCACUGCGACCACGCCCAAGCGAUACACGCCCCCGCGGAUAAUGGGGACCGAAGCGAAGAGCAAGAAUCUGCCUCAGACCCUGAACAACUUCUUUGAGGUGGAGCGGUACGAGAGUGGCUGGAAUCGCGUGACAAAGAGAGACUACUAGAAGAGAGGCAGAGGAUGCAGAGGAAGAGGAGGAGGAGGCGCCCUAAUCGAUUAACUUAACCCAUUAAGUGCCAGGAGCAGGAGCUACAGUGAAACACAUAAGAAAGUGAAAUUCCAUUGCCAAAAUUUCAAUUUAAAUGACUAUUCCCCAGACCCAAACUCAAAUCCAAACCCCAACUAUGUUCGAUAUUUAUUAGAAGAAGAAAAAAACCCCCCAUGAAUAUUUAUGAUAAAGCAAUAAAAAGUAUUAUUUGAUAGAUCGAG